UUGCCUUUGAUCAUCGAGUUAACGAUAACUUAGGCAAACGAGCAACUUAUUUUGCUCAGAUUGAACCAAACCAUCAUCCCAUGGAGUUACCAACUGCAUCCUCCCUCAACAGCGCCAUCACUCAAGACUGGAACAAAGACACCAUCUCCUCCCUCGUACCCAUAGAAACACAUAAGCUUUUCCUCUCCGUCUCGGGCCCACCACGAGGCACCAACGCUCCCGUGGUGGUCGUCCUGCCUGGCGCAGGGGAAACUGUCAGGUCCUACCCAGCCCUUGAAAGGAUCGUCUCGACAUUUGCGCGUAUCCUUCUGUACGACCGCUCAGGCCUUGGGCGCAGUGAGGAUGGUCCCAGCCGCCCAACAGCAGUAUCGGCAGCGAGCGAAUUAAGUGACGCCCUGGACGCUGCUGGAAUAUGCCCGCCCUUCAUUCUGGUCGGGCACUCGUACGGCGGCAUAAUUGCGCGUGAGUUAUUACACAUCCGCCAGAACGAUGUGGCUGGCAUGGUGCUUGCAGAAGCUGCUACAGAGCGACAGUGCCAGUUCUUUCAGAUCCCAGACCCCAAUGUAGCCGCGGUCCUUGGUGGUCUCAACUUCGCGCAGGUCACGGGCUUGAGGGCGGAUUCUAUGCUCUCUAGAGAUGAGUGGCGGGCCCGAGCGAUAGAGAGACCACGGGGAAUGGCAUCUUCUCAGGCUGAGGCAGACUCGUUUGUUGAAGUGUGUGAGACGUUGGCUGUGAAGGGACAGUUUGAAAGACAAGCCAUGGGAAAUAGACCCGUGAGCAUUAUACGCUGCAAUGGCAUGAGGGACUACGAAAGACUGUAUGCAAAAGGUGUAGAGGUUGGGAAUGGGACGCAAGAGCAAAGGAAGGCAUUUCGUGAUCUAUUAGAUAGUUGGGAUGAAGUUGACCGGGAGCUGAAGGAAGAGCAGCUCCGGUUGAGCUCCAAGUGUCAUUUUGUGCAUGUUGCAGACUGUGGGCAUAAUGUACAGCUUACCCGACCGGAUGUUAUCGCUGAGGAGAUCAAAUGGGUGCUUGACAAUAUCUGUUGAAAGAUUCACUCCUUGUUUUGAACCUUUCCAAGGAGGUAAAUUCAGGAUUUCCAGAGUUUUGUAGUUUAUUUCCUUAACUUUACCCCGUUUACAGCCAAUUUUUCUGAUAAAGGGCAAGAAAGCAAACAACGAUAUCCUUCCAGCGUACGCAAUGCAUAGCAGAUAUUACUUUAAUAUCUAUGUCUAUCUAUCUCCCAAUGCUACAGCUACAACUUUACAACUUGUACGGAGUACUCCAGAAAUCUUACAUCAUACUAUGACGUCACAUAUACAAUUUCUGCCACGUGAUUGGCCAAACAUUCCCGCACGU